GAAGACUUCUAUUAACUAGACAGCAGCAGACAAACUUCAUUAGAUUCAUACGAGCAUAGCUUCGAUGUAUUUGAAGAAUUUUUCGAGUAAAAGCUUUUAUUUUCAUGGCAUACGAAGAAAACAAUCCCUGUCUCAACUCCAGGGAGGAGGAACGUCGGCAAUAGUUUCGGCCAUCAGUGAAAAAAGCAGCAGAAAUAUGCACUUUUUCCCAAUAAUAAAUUUACAGAAGAUCCAAUUUUCUGUUUCUGACACUAUAUUACAGAGUCGUGAAGUUGGAAUUACMGGCGGCGAGUAUCGCGGUGUGACACUUCGGCCGGAUUGAUGAUGCAAUAAUUAUCGAUCAGCGAUUGUUGUUUUUGAUCAAUCGAUUCUGCUAUAAAUUUGAAGUCGAGAAAGGGAUUGAAGCAGCAACAGUUUUCGCCCUUUAACCUGCACAAUGGUUAAUCCUUAGUAUUAUUUGUUAAGAGGCGGAAGAAGAACUGGAGAUUUCUCUGUAGGUUUUUGGAAUGGAGAAGUUGUUGGAGGAAAAGUUCGAUCUCGAACACAAGCACCCCUCGCAGGAGUCUCUAAGAAGGUGGAGAUCUGCAGUUUCGCUGGUGAGGAACCGGCAUAGGCGGUUCCGUUACACGGCGAAUCUGGAUAAGAGAUCAGAAUCCGAACAAGCGAGGCGGAAAAUCCAGAGGCGGAAGAAGAAUUGGAGAUUUCUCUGUAGGUUUUUGGAAUGGAGAAGUUGUUGGAGGAAAAGUUCGAUCUCGAACACAAGCACCCCUCGCAGGAGGCUCUAAGAAGGUGGAGAUCUGCAGUUUCGCUGGUGAGGAACCGGCAUAGGCGGUUCCGUUACACGGCGAAUCUGGAUAAGAGAUCAGAAGCCGAACAAGCGAGGCGGAAAAUCCAGGAAAAGUUACGUGUUGCUCUAUAUGUUCAAAAAGCAGCCCUACAAUUUAUUGAUGCUGGAAAUCGAGUAGAAUACAAGCUCUCCCAAGAGGUUAGAGAAGCUGACUUUGGCAUUGAUCCAAAUGAACUUGCAUCAAUUGUUCAUGGCCAUGAUUCAAGGCGUUUGAAGUUCCAUGGAGAAGUUGAAGGAAUUGCCAGAAAAGUUCAAGUCUCACUAACUGAUGGUGUAUAUUUAACUGAUCUACCUAGGAGGCAGAAGAUUUAUGGAUUCAAUCAAUACGUUGAGAAACCACCUAAGAGUUUCUGGAUAUUCGUGUGGGAGGCAUUGCAGGAUUUGACUUUAAUCAUUCUCAUAGUUUGUGCUGUGAUUUCUAUAGGUGUAGGAAUUGCCACUAAGGGUUGGCCAGAGGGUAUAUAUGAUGGAUUGGGAAUUGUACUCAGUAUCUUCUUGGUAGUGAUGGUUACUUCAAUCAGCGACUACAAGCAGUCAUUGCAAUUCAGAGAAUUGGAUAAGGAGAAGAAAAAGAUUUUUGUUCAGGUAACCAGAGAUGGGUGUAGACAGAAAGUUCUUAUCUAUGAUUUAGUGGUUGGAGACAUUGUUCAUCUUUCUAUUGGUGACAAAGUUCCAGCUGAUGGGAUUUUUAUAUCAGGUUACAGCUUGUUGAUUGAUGAGUCAAGCUUGUCUGGUGAGAGUGAACCUGUAAACAUAUCUGAGGAGAAUCCUUUUCUUCUAUCAGGAACCAAAGUUCAAGAUGGGAAUGGUAUAAUGCUGGUAACAUCAGUUGGAAUGAGGACUGAGUGGGGAAGGUUGAUGGAGACUCUGAAUGAGGGAGGAGAGGAUGAGACACCAUUGCAAGUGAAGCUGAAUGGUGUUGCUACUAUUAUUGGGAAGAUUGGUUUGACUUUUGCGGUUCUGACAUUUGUAGUUCUAGUGGCAAGGUUUCUGGUAGAUAAGGCAUUGCAAAACAAGUUUUUACAGUGGUCCUUGAGCGAUGCAAUGAAGCUUCUGAACUAUUUUUCUAUUGCAGUGACUAUAAUUGUUGUUGCAGUUCCGGAAGGGCUACCGUUGGCAGUGACACUAAGCCUUGCCUUUGCAAUGAAGAAAUUAAUGAACGAUAGGGCACUUGUACGGCAUCUCUCUGCAUGUGAGACCAUGGGUUCUGCUACUUGCAUUUGUACAGACAAAACAGGGACACUGACAACAAACCAUAUGGUUGUCAAUAAGAUAUGGAUCUGUGAAGAAAUAAAGGUGAUAAAAGGUAAUGACAGCAUAGAUGCUUUAAAGUCUAUGAUUUCUGACGAUGUUUUGAUAAUCCUAUUACAUUCUAUAUUUCAGAAUACUAGUUCAGAGGUGGUGAAAGGGACAGAUGGAAAGAAUACCAUCCUGGGUACUCCAACCGAAUCAGCAUUGUUAGAAUUUGGCUUGCUUCUGGGGGGUGAUUUUGAUGGUCAACGCCAGAAGUCUAAUAUUGUUAAGGUUGAACCUUUCAAUUCAGUCAGGAAAAAGAUGUCCGUUCUUGUGACUCUCCCAACUGGUGGAUUUAGGGCAUUCUGCAAAGGUGCACCAGAAAUCAUCUUGGGAAUGUGCAGUAAGGUAAUUGGUAGCCAUGGGGAACUUGUCUAUCUGACAGAAACCUGGAUAGAGAAUGUCAUGAAUAUCAUAAAUGGUUUUGCUUCUGAAGCUUUGAGAACACUCUGCUUGGCUUUCAAGGAUAUAGAUGAUAGUUUCAACAAUGAUAACAUUCCUGGUGAUGGAUAUACUCUGGUGGCAAUUCUGGGAAUUAAGGACCCACUGCGCCCUGGUGUCAAGGAUGCAGUAGAGGCUUGUUUAGCUGCGGGAAUUACCAUACGGAUGGUCACUGGGGACAAUAUUUACACAGCUAAAGCAAUAGCAAAAGAAUGUGGCAUAUUGACAGAUGAUGGCUUGGCUAUAGAGGGUCCAGAUUUCAGUAGUAAAAGUCCUGAAGAGAUGAAGAAGUUGAUACCAAAACUUCAGGUAAUGGCACGGUCCUUGCCUUUGGACAAGCACACCUUAGUGAAACAACUGAAGGAUCUAAGAGAAGUUGUUGCAGUGACAGGUGAUGGAUCCAAUGAUGGCCCAGCCUUGCGUGCAGCAGACAUUGGGCUUGCUAUGGGUAUAGCAGGAACAGAGGUUGCAAAAGAAAAUGCCGAUGUCGUCAUCAUGGAUGAUAACUUUACAACUAUUGUCAAUGUAGUCAAAUGGGGACGUGCUGUUUAUAUAAAUAUUCAAAAGUUUGUGCAGUUUCAGUUAACAGUUAAUGUUGUUGCUCUUGUGAUCAAUUUUGUGUCUGCCUGUAUCUCAGGAUCUGCUCCUCUUACGGCUGUCCAAUUGCUGUGGGUGAACAUGAUUAUGGACACUCUUGGUGCAUUGGCACUGGCUACUGAACCUCCAAAUGAUAUGUUGAUGAAAAGACCUACUGUUGGCAGGGGCAUUAGUUUCAUUACCAGGACCAUGUGGAGGAACAUCAUUGGUCAGAGUAUUUAUCAAUUGAUCAUCCUUCUUACUCUUCAGUUUUAUGGAAAGGAGCUUUUGAGACUUAGUGGCUCAGAUGCUACUUCAGUUCUCAAUACUUUCCUCUUCAAUUCCUUUGUCUUCUGUCAGGUUUUCAAUGAAAUAAAUAGUCGUGAUAUGGAAAACAUUAAUGUUUUCCGUGGCAUGUUUAACAGUUGGGUAUUCAUAGUUGUGAUGUUCUGCACAAUAGUAUUCCAAAUAUUAAUGGUUGAAUUCCUGGGAACUUUUGCAAGUACUGUCCCUCUAAGCUGGCAAUUAUGGCUAUUCAGCAUUCUAAUUGGAUCUAUAAGUAUGGUCUUUGCGGUUAUUAUAAAGCAAAUUCCUGUUGAACCAGCCAGGAAUACAACCAAUUCCCAACACUAUUAUGGUUACGUAGCACUUCCUACUGGUCCAGAGUUGGCAUGACAAAGCAUGGAUAUUGAUAAAAGGGUUUUAAUUGUUCUAGUUGUUCACUCUUCUCAAGUAAAUUUUGUCAUAACAAUAGUAAGUUUUUUUUUUUUUUUCUUUCCAAUCUUUUUUUCUUUCUUCUUUGGCUAACCAAUAUCAAAUAAUCAUUUUUCCAAGAGCUUUUUGCACAUUUACAUUAUGUGAUUUUCUUUUAAUAUUCAUUUGUCUUGUAUUUUCACUUUUGUAUACUAAUAAUUCAGCACGUGCGUUGUACAUGA